ACUCGGGCGAAUGUCAAGAAACGAAGGCCAACAUCUCAAGUCGGACUACCCCGUCAGAGAGCUGAAGAACGGCAUGUUGUUCGAAGGUCAGGUGACGCCUGGUAUGACAUAUCCUUCAGUUCCGAAUGAAUAGAG